AUGCCGUCCAUGCCCCGGCUCGGCAUGUUCUGGGCGGCAGCGAUCGGAGUGGGGGUCGUCACCUGCGCCGUCGUCUUCGUCCGUCAAAAGAGCCCGACGUUUUUCGUCAACCUGACGGCGGACGGCACGCCAGGGAGGGUUUUCAGUCGCGGCCCGUUCCGAGUGGUGGAGGACAGCGUGCGACCUCGGGACUGCUCUUUCGCCCAGAUGUACUCAAUAUUAGCUGGAUUCGACACACUGCCAGAGAUGCGGGAUGCCGUGAAAGUCAUCAACUGGUUACACGCCAAUCUGCACACUCUAAUCGAUGCACGAAUCAAGCCUGCUGCCUUGGCUGCUAUACGGGCAGCUGGAAAGGAAGCAGGCAGAGAACAGGCAGCAGGAGAAGAGACAGUGGUGGUGUCGCAGCCUGAUUGGUCAAGGCUAGUGCUAGCAGGCCAUAGCCGGGGAGGGAAGGUGACGUUUGGAAUUUUGCGAAAGCUGGUGGGGGAGUUAGUUAAGUCUACAAAGCAGCAGCAGUCUACAACGCAGCAGCGUGGGUUCAUAGAGGCACAGUUAGCGGUGCCUAUUAAAGCCGCAAUACUCUUUGACCCUGUGGAUGGAACUGCUUCUAAAGCCACCAAUCCCCCCACACUCACUCAUCAACCGGACUCUAUCGCUCUGCUCAACAACCCUCCUGUACUCGUUAUAGGCUCAGGCCUGGGUCCCAUUCCCAGAGGCGGCAAAUCCCCUUCCGAUAAAGGUAACCCAUGCGCGCCAGAGAAUUUCGGGCACAAGGUUUUUUUCUCGGACCUGGUCGGCCCAGCGUACCAUUUUUCGGUGCCCGAAUUCGGCCACGCUGACUUUUACGAUGAUGAUUUGGGGCCGAUUUACGGACCGUUGUUUAGCAAAGUGUGCAAUAACGGGCCUGCUAGGGAGCCGAUGCGGGUAGCGGCUGGAGGGCUAUCAGUGGCGUUUUUAAAGGCUGUGGUUGGGGAUGGUGGGGAUGGUGAGAAGGGAGGGACUGUAAGGGGAGUGAGGGGCGAGAGGAGUGGGAUGGAGGUGGAGAGAAGGGAUAGUGGCGGUGUGGGAGGGGGAACAAAGAGCUUAGAGAAGAGGCAGGCUUUGGAGAGAUUAGUGACUGAUGCUGCAGCUGAUGUGGCUGACGUGGCAACUGCCGUUAAUGUUGCAGCUGACGUGGCAACUGCUGGUGCCGCACACAGUGAUCAGGAGCAAGGCACGGAGCAGAUGCAUCAGCAGGAGCAGCAGGAGGAGGUGGAGAAGGAGAGGCAAAGGCUUGAGGGGGAGUACCUGAGGAGUGGGGGUAGUGGAGGGGCGUGUGGGGGUGAUACGGAAGGAAGCAUUGCGGGUGGCUCAGCUGUGGGAAACAGGGAGGGAGGCUGUGGUGCUGUGAUUGGUUCAGGGAAGGGGAGUGAUGUGAGGGAUCUUUGUGAUCUAUUGCAACACCCUGAGCAUUCUCCUGUGGUUUUGUCAGAGGUGGGGUGGAAAGUGGGGCGGCAGCAGGAAACACCUGAAGAAACACCUGUAGGAGCACCUGCCAAUUUAUGUGGAGCAGCACCAGCUACAGUUGCAGCUGCUGCUGCCCGCUAG